AUGACACCUUCCUCAGAUUCAUCACCCCUUGACACACCAGUACUAACACUGGUGAAGCCAAGAGCAACACAAGCUACAGUACCACCGCAUAAACUGACCUCAUUGCUCCCAACGCCCAUCACCACACCACGCAUGGCCAAUGCCGCAGGCCCACCAGCGCUAUUCCACAGUCGAGGCGAUGAAAAUGCACAGAACUUCCUGCAGGGUACAGAAAUGUACAUUCUAAUCAACGGAAUCAAAGACAAAGCAGUGAAAGUGGCACUAUUCAGCACCCUCAUCUCAGCGGGCUCUCAGGCGGAUCUAUGGUGGACAAACCUCGAUGUGAAGCACAAGGCCAACUGGUCAACGGUCAGUACAGCAUUUAUCGACAAAUGGCUGGUGAUAGUCGCAGCGGAUAAAACCAAACUAGAGUACCAGAAAGAGUUAUUAGCGCUACGCAUAAAAGAGGAAGAAGUAGGAGAACACGUCACAGUUGCAGGAAUUGAAACAUGGUCACACGUACACUUCCACAGAACACUGAAGAAACUGGUACAGGAUGCAGGAGUCGAUAGUGCACCAAUCCUGAUCCAGCCAGUUUGCGACGCGCUUCUGUGA